AUGUCCGACGACGACUCCUCUGAGCUCUCCUCCGUUCCUUCGGAUGAUGAGCUUGAUCUUCAAUUGACCAAGAAAAACGGAAUCCUCAAGUUCUUUUCCAAAGUUCCCAAGCCAACUGAAGCACCCGCGGUCGAGGCGUCGCCGCCACGACCAAAACGAGAACCUUCUCCGCCCCAUGAAUAUGUGCUGGCAGAUAAUCCUGACAUUGCGUUCAUCGUUAUGUUUCGCGCGCGCUUUGCGGAAGCAUUCCCAAAGUCGCUGGCCAACUUUGGACCUCAAGAACUCGAGCGGGGUGUGGUAGAUACUGUGCCUGGAGAGCAUGUUGAACACUUCCUUUGUGCGUUGCUCGGGCUGCUGCUCAACAGGAAGCAAGACAUCAAGGCUGGCCACUACAAUCGCGCACUGGAAGAGGCCAUUCAGACGCACAAAUCGCAAUGGGCAAAAGAUUGGGAGAGCAAAAAUCCUCUUUCAGGAGGAGCUACAUUCAGCACUAUGUCACCAAGCCAGCGACUCACUCUUCUACGAACUCUCAUUAUGUGGUCGCUUUCCUCGUCCGACGUCGUGAGGAGCAUAAUCACGACAUCUUACAAACAAAGUCGCCACGAAGACGACCUCAACCAACCACUCUCGGUGCAGCCCUGGGGAUUUGAUGGAUACAAACGUCGAUACUUCCUGAUAGAGGGUCUAGACGAUACACAUUUCCGGGUUUAUAGGGAGAGUAACUACACCGAAUUAAAGAGAAGCUGGUGGAGUGUGGCAAGUGAUAUUAAUGAAUUGAAACAGUUGGCAGAGAAAUUAGCGACAGAAGAUGGUAGUAGGAAAGCUAAGGAGCUGAGUGGGAAGAUCAUGGCCGCUAUACCGCGUUUCGAGGCAACUGAGGAGAAACGAAAACGUCGCGAGUACAGGCAAGCUCGGAAGCAACAAUUCAAACGGCCUGAACCCAACUUCUCGUUAUAUGAAGGUCGAACACGAGGCAAGCGCAUGAAGUACACCUACUCGGACGAUGAAGAUGAAGGUUACUCUGAUACUACCACUUCUCGACGCUCGACCCGUAAUACGGGCACUCAUACCCCAGCCGAAGGGCUUGCUCCUACAGUGACUUUAAGUGGCCGCCAAGUCAAGUCACGCCAGGGCGGCACAUACGGUGAGAGCAAGCUCAGUGGAACUCACACACCAGCGGUUGGGGGUAUGGACGGGACUGGCGAGGAGGCAGUAAAUGGCGAGAAUGCUAGCGGUCGGCCACGUCGGGCUGCCGCUGCUAAUCACGGAUCCAACGGUUGGGGACAAAAGGGCGCGCAUAUCGAAGGCUACAACUCUGUCGAUGAUAUGGACACCGAAGAGGAUGAUGCAAGCGAGCAGGAUUACGGUGAUGAUGAAGAAGAUGACCACGUGUCACUCGAGAGCGAUGUUAACGACCAGGACGACCUCACGGAUGUGGAGGAUCUGGAAGAUGAGAUAUCAGACCAUCCAGAUAAGAAGAAGAGCCUUGUUGUCAAGCUUCCAGUGAAAACUCCAACCCCAGAAAGGAAGAUCACAGCCAAAGGAAGCUUGACACCCCAGAAAGAACCCGUACAACAACUCGACUUGAAACCAACUGGGAAACACGAUGAAAACCAGGGAGGCCCUUCAGAUCUGGAGCCAACCGGCGUUAUCUCAGCCGCGAAUGAACUCGACAUGAAAGAUAGCGCUCAACCCGCAUCAACUUGUCCUACGAACAACGCAGCACCAUCAUCAGAACCAUCUACUGAGCCUAUGAAAAUUCCUACCGAAUCUUCUAAUCCAUCACCGCCAUCUCCACUUGCACUUCGCGGUAGCCCGGAAAAGCCACAUAAUUUACCACCCUCUGUUGACGUUGGCUAUGGAGGAUCUUGA